AAAAGUUUGAGAUGUGAAAGGUGAAAGGUCAUGGCUGUUGGGACAAGGCCCACAGAGACCACGACGUGUGCUGCAGCCAUCAGCGCCCUGACACCACCACAGCGCUGUAGUCGUCCUCGCCAUGCUUACCACAACACAUACGUGGGCACUGAGACAAGCUUUCAUUUGUGCUUUGAAGAGAGGCUAUGGCACCUCUGUGCCCAAAACAAAACUCUUCAUCAACAAUGAGUUUGUUGAGUCAAAAACCAGCAAAUGGGUGGAUCUACACAACCCAGCUACCAAUGAAGUCAUUUCCCAAGUGCCUGAAGCUACUCAGGCAGAAAUGCAAGCUGCAGUGAAUGCAGCAAAAGCAGCAUUUCCAAACUGGGCAGCUGCGACCAUCCUGACUCGCCAGCAGAUCAUGUUCAAGUUCCAACAGCUCAUCAAAGACAACAUGGGAAAAAUUGCAGCCAACAUAACCCAAGAGCAAGGAAAGACUCUGGUUGAUGCCGAAGGGGAUGUCCUUCGUGGACUGCAGGUGGUGGAGCACUGCUGUAGCAUCCCAUCCCUGCAGCUUGGCGAGACACUGUAUGGUAUUGCCAAAGACAUGGACACUCUCACAUUUCGCAUGCCUCUUGGUGUCGUAGCCGGAAUCACACCCUUCAACUUCCCAGCCAUGAUUCCCCUUUGGAUGUUUCCCUUGGCGACUGUUUGUGGGAAUACCUGUAUUAUCAAACCAUCUGAACGUGACCCUGGAGCAACCAUGAUUCUGAUGGACUUGGCACGUCAAGCUGGCAUGCCCCCUGGAGUUGUGAAUGUUAUUCAGGGCCGGCAUGAAGCUGUCAACUUCAUCUGUGACAACCCAGACAUCAAGGCUAUCUCAUUUGUGGGAUCUGAUCAGGCAGGCAAGUACAUCUAUGAGAGAGGUUCCAAGAAUGGCAAGAGAGUUCAGUCAAACAUGGGAGCCAAAAACCAUGGAGUGAUCAUGCCUGAUGCAAAUAAAGACAGCACGUUAACACAGCUGAUUGGUGCAGCUUUUGGAGCUGCUGGUCAGCGAUGCAUGGCCUUGUCUACGGCCAUUUUUGUCGGCGAGUCGAGGCAGUGGAUUCCAGAACUGGUUGAACGUGCAAAGAAGUUGAAGGUCACUGCAGGGACUGAGAAAGGUGCUGACCUAGGUCCUCUUAUCUCCCCUGAGGCCAAGAAGCGGGUAUGCGACCUUGUGCAAUCAGGCGUGGAUGCUGGAGCCGAACUGCUGCUGGAUGGUCGUAACAUCGUGGUACCAGGGUAUGAGAAGGGCAACUUUGUGGGGCCUACCAUCCUUCACGGAGUUACCCCCCAGAUGAAAUGCUACACAGAAGAAAUCUUUGGGCCUGUGUUGAUCAGUAUGGAAGUAGAAACAUUGGAUGAUGCAAUCAAGAUUGUCAACUCUAACCCUUAUGGCAAUGGGACAGCCAUCUUUACAACUAAUGGAGCAACAGCCCGUAAAUACACCAUGGUCUGCGAUGUCGGUCAGGUUGGUGUUAAUGUACCAAUCCCAGUCCCUCUGCCAAUGUUUUCUUUCACGGGAUCACGAGGCUCUUUUCUUGGUGACACCAACUUCUACGGCAAGCAGGGUGUGCAGUUCUACACCCAGGUCAAGACUGUGACACAGAUGUGGCGUGGCGAGGAUGCAGCCAUGUCCGUGGGCUCAGCGACAGCCAUGCCAGUCAUGCGAUAAAGUGCAACAGGAAUCAGCUUUUCCAUAUCUUGAUCAUCAAAUGUUUUUAUUCAGCUAGAGUUCAAUGUUGAAUGGCUGUUGAGUGGGGUCUUUGUGGCUGUUGUUUUCCCAGAAGUAAUUAACAGUUGUGUCGGGUAUGAAGGGUCACUUCCUUCAUAUUUCUAUUCUGGCCAAUGCAAAUACAUCAUCAGUGGUAAGACAUCAGAGGAUGGCCUUCAAGGCUUUAAUAUAAUGAGUAGGUAGGAGUGUUUAAAUAUAAUUAACCUAAUAGUGCGUAUUUGCACGAAGGUAAAGAUUAAAUUUAGUGUGUAGUAAAGAUUCUGGGAUUCUUGAUUCUUUCACAACUUGUCACUAUGACAGGAACUGUUAUUUUGGAUGGACAAGAUUUUGUUUCCAAGUAGCGAUGUACUGAUGUUUAUACAACUUGCGCUUGUAAAUGCUCGGAUUAAGCAGAUGUACUGAUUAUGUUUAACUCUUCCCAUGAAGUUCACACCUGCGAAUGCGAACGUCUUCAUGCCUAUAGCUCAAGUGCAUGCAGGCACCUCUUUUGAAUGAGUUAUGAGCUCAGGCUUUUAUAUACAUUGCCAUACUUUACUAGUGGUUUUCUGCCCUCUUGCAAUAAAGUAUCAUAUAGACAGAG